CGCGACAUUGCCAAAAUUUCUGGAGCCGCCAAGACACCACUUAGUCAGCAAUUCCCGCUCGAUUGGGGGAAGGUUCAACCUCACGUCACGCCGUGAGCUCCAAGAUACCCAAUCCACGCACGUACACUCUUCAGCAUGGGUGGAGGAGGAAAGAUCCCGUACCCAAAGCACGUCUGGUCGCCGGCCGGUGGUUGGUACUGCCAACCCGCCAACUGGAAAAGCAACACCAUGAUUAUGGCCGGUGUGAUCACAGGAAUAUGCGCGGCCGUCUGGUCAAUCAGCGCACAGCGAGAAUACCGCGAUACGAUGCCGGAACCGAACAGAUUCUUCCCGAGCCGCUACUGGAGCAAACAGAUUGUCGAGCACGAGAGGAAACUGGCUGCUGAAAGGGGAGCAUAAACGGAAGCAAGACGGUCGUGGGGGAUCCAUUGAGGAGGGGAUCACAAGGUUUAUCUCUGGGAUUAUACCUAGGGCUGUAUAUAUGUUCCCAGCCGCUGCUUGAAUUCAAAGAGUCUAUCUUCGACACGA